GCUCAGUUGCUUUGCAGCAUUACACCAAACUGGUGGUGGUUAUCUGAACAGUUUGAAAAAUGGUCAAAGUAACACUUAUCGAUCGUGUAAUUUUCCACAUUGUCCGAUAUUAUGGAUCGCUCCUGGGAAUUUUGGGACGCGCCGUUACCCUCCCGUUUUUAUGGGGAUUCGAAUAUAUUUUUGAAAAAUGUUCCCGUAAAGUAGUAAAUUCACCGGAAAUGCAUGCCAGAAAACUGAAGCAUGCGCAGGAACAGAUCUCAACCUGGAACAAAAACGGGAGACGGACCAAAUUAUGUACAGGGAGACCCGGGUGGCAAUCAAUGUGCUUAAGGACUCCUGCAUACAAGGACAGUAUGACCGGGAUUGACUUGUCCAAGCUGGAUGACAUCAUUCAGAUAGAUGAAGAAGCAAUGACCAUUACCGUCGAACCAUUAGUGACGAUGGGCCACAUAACGAGAUUCCUCACCCCGAAGGGAUUGAUGAUCCCGGUCGUGCCAGAGUUUGACUUUCUGACCGUGGGGGGACUUGUGUGUGGGGCCGGGGUGGAAACCUCCUCCCAGAAGUAUGGACUUUUUCACAACACGUGCGUUUCGUUCGAGGUGCUCCUCUGUUCCGGAGAGGUGGUUACGUGCAGUGAGGGGGAAAAUUCGGACCUAUUCUAUGCCAUGCCGGGCUCCUAUGGGACCAUUGGAUUCCUUACUGCUGCCACAAUUAGAUUAAUAAAAGCGGAAAAAUUCGUGAAGCUUUCCUACCUCCCGGUGAACUCGUUGGACGAGGCGAGUCAAGCGAUAAGGAAGGAAUCAUUAAAAAAUCCGGGGCACGAUUUCGUCGAGGGGAUCAUGUAUUCCUUGCACGAAGGGGUCAUCAUGGUGGGAAGUUUCACGUCGAAAGCAGAACCUGGAAAGAUAAACCCGGUGAAUCGCUGGUACAAGAAAUCCUUCUAUAAACACGUGCAAGAUUUGUCUCACUCCGCCCCAAGCGUGGAAUACAUCCCGCUCCGCGAUUACUACCACCGCCACACGUACGGCAUCUUCUGGAUGACCCAUAUUCUCGUGCCGUACAUCGACAUGCCCGUCAUGCGCUGGCUGUUCGGCUGGACGGCGGCAGGUGAGACGAACUGGUACAAGCUGAUACCCCCAUCUUUCAGACAAUUCUCCGAGAAAAUUGUGGUCGUACAAGAUUUCAUCGUGCCGAUUGAAAUAACUGAAAAGGCCCUGACAUUUUUUAACGACCAGGUCGAGAUUUAUCCUGUCUGGCUUUGCCCCAGCAAGUCGUUCAACGAACCGGGAUUUUUUAAAUUUGACGAGAAAUCGGACACGAUGCAGCUUGACAUUGGAAUCUACGGAGUCCCAAAGAACCUCGAGGACUACGAGCUGGUCAAAUCUAACAAAAUAUUUGAACAGUUCUGCCUCCAAAAUAAAUGCUGGAAAGGUCUUUAUGCGGAUACGUUUUUAACCCGGGACGAAUUUUACGAAAUGUUUGAUCCCACGUUGUACAACAAGGUUCGAAAGCAGCUCGACUGUCUCGACGCGUUUCCCGACGUGUACGAGAAAAUUUCUGGAAGAAUAUAAGAACUCUGAGAACAAUACUAUUACCAGGCGGUGGAUAUAAUUAAAUUUCAAAAUAUUAUGCCCUUUUAUCAGCCCGAGAGGCUUUUAAAAAGUAUUACUAAUAAAUCAAAUUAGAUCAAUAAUUAAA